UCUCCAACUCAUCUUGUACAUAUCUUGAAUGUACAUAUUUAUUUGCAUGUUUUCUCCCCCCAUUAGAAUGAGAGCUUCUUGAGGGUAGGGACCAUAAUUUUAUUUUUAUUUAUUUUUUGAAUCUUUUUGUUUAAUUAUAGCUUUUUAUUUACAAGAUAUGUGCAUGGGUAUUUUUUCAGCAUUGACAAUUGCAAAACCUUUUGUUCUAACUUUUCUCCUCCUUCCCCUCACCCCCUCCCCCAGAUGGUAGGUUGACCAAUACAUGUUAAAUAUGUUGAAGUAUAAGUUAAAUACAAUAUAUAUAUAUAAUAUAUAUAUACACAAAUGUCCAAACAGUUAUUUUGCUGUACAAAAAGAAUUGGACUUUGAAAUAGUGUACAAUUAGCCUGUGAAGGAAAUCAAAAAUGCAGGCGGACAAAAAUAGAGGGAUUAGGAAUUCUAUGUAGUGGUUCAUAGUCAUCUCCCAGAGUUCUUUCCCUGGGUGUAGCUGGUUCAGCUCAUUACUGCUCUAUUGGAACUGAUUUGGUUCAUCUCAUUGUUGAAGAGAGCCACGUCCAUCAGAAUUGAUCAUCAUAUAGUAUUGUUGUUGAAGUAUAUAAUGAUCUCCUGGCCCUGCUCAUUUCACUUAGCAUCAGUUCAUGUUAAGUCUCUCCAGGUCUCUCUGAAAUCCUCCUGCUGGUCAUUCCUUACAGAACAAUAAUAUUCCAUAAUGUUCAUAUACCACAAUUUAUUCAGCCAUUCUCCAACUGAUGGGCAUCCACUCAGUUUCCAGUUUCUGGCCACUACAAACAUUCUUUCACAUUCAGGUCCCUUUCCCUUCUUUAGUAUUUCUUUGGGGUAUAAGCCCAGCAGAAACACUGCUGGAUCAAAGGGUAUGCACAGUUUGAUAACUUUUUGAGCAUAGUUCCAAAUUUCUCUCCAGAAUGGUUGGAUGUAUUCACAAUUCCACCAACAAUGUAUCAGGGUCCCUGUUUUCCCACAUCCCCUCCAACAUUCCGCAUUGUCUUUCCCUGUCAUUCUAGCCAAUCUGACAGGUGUGUAGUGGUAUCUCAGAGUUGUCUUAAUUUGCAUUUCUCUAAUAAUGACUUGGAGCAUCUUUUCAUAUGGCUAGAAAUAGUUUCAAUUCUUCAUCUGAAAAUUGUCUGUUCAUAUCCUUUGACCAUUUAUCAAUUGGAGAAUGGCUUGAUUUCUUAAAGAGUCAAUUCUCUAUAUAUUUUGGAAAUGAGGCUUUUAUCAGAACCUUUGACUGUAAAAAUGUUUUCCCAGUUUAUUGCUUCAGGGAUCAUAAUUUUAAAAGCUUGUCUUUGUAGCUCCAGUGUUUUAACACAGUGCCCAACAUACAAUCUGUGCUUAAUAAAUGCUUUUAAGCAAGAAUGCACUAUGUUGAAGACUAGGCUUUUUUGUUCAUUCAUUUUAGUUGUCUGCCUCUUCGUGAUCACAAAGAUAUUGUUCUAGCUCGUUGUUUCCUACUCCAACUUAUUUUACAGACGUGGAAAGGAAGGCUGUUUAAACAGGGUUAAAUGAUUUGUUAUCCAAGGCCAUAGAGCUAAUGUCUAAGGCUGGAUUUGAACUCAGGUGCUGAUUCCAGAUCUGGCGCUCUAUCCACUGAACCACAUAGCUGCCCAACUAGAUUUAGAACCACUCAAGCUCACACAUUCCCACUGAUAGGUUUUACUAGUCAACCAGACAAUACAGUUAAAAGCAAAGUGAUUUAAUAAAAUACUAAUAAGCAUCACUUCUUAGUAAAAUCUUAGACAUACUUCUACAAAUAAAAACUCACAUCUUAGUGAGAAAAGUGGAUGCACCGAAGGACACAUGUGGAGAGGUGUAUAUGUGUGGGACACUGUAGCCAAGCACACAUAUAGAGUCCCACACAAGGGGGAAGUCCCACACAUGUGGAAGAAUGAUUUAAGCCUCCGAUGCUACAGGGCUGAUGCCAUCUUGCUGUCCUUGGUAGGUCUGCUCCUUGUUCUUUAUUGGCACAAAGUCUCUAUUAGGUGCUCUUCCUGGAUGGUCUCAUGUGAGAUGAUGUGAUGGUCCACUGAGGAUGAUGGGAUGAUUUUCUUUUUCUACUUGCUAGUUCCAAGAAGGCUCCUGUAUUGAGGUUCUGUUGCUGUUUGUCCUUUGUUCUUGAAGAGGAUCAAUAACAUCAAGAAGAUGAUUUCUACUUCUUUGUCCUAAGUGGGCUCUGCUACUGCUGCUUAAGUUUACAGACUAAGGAAUCUUGCCCCCCGCCUCCCAACGUCCAUCCCCCCCCCCCUGCCUCCCAGGCUCAUAAAGGCUUUGCCUGGAUAAGUAUUUUUUCCCCAGAAGGAGAUUGAUUGUCCUGAGAACCAGGCUCUCUGGAACACAGAAUAGUCCCAUCCAGCUAGUAUCUUCAAAUUUAAAUCUAUGUUUCUAAUCUUUAUUCCUGCUCUCCAAAGGGCCCUAGGGAUCUUUGUCAGAGGCCUGGCUUUACUUGUAGGAUUGGAAAUUUCUCAUGGCUCCCAAUUUAAUUUCUAAAUGAUAAAUUGUAAAUAGUCAAAAUUAAGUCAGAAGCUGUCUUUCCAAAGAAUGGUCAAAGGUUAAAAGUUAUUGGUGGAGGAUAGUAGGCUUCCAAGACAUUUUUGGUCUCCAGUGCCAAUGGAUAGUGAUGGGGAGGAGCGUCAGUGGGUGUUGGUAGUGGUGGUGGUGGGGAGAACCAUACUAGAAAAGGAAAGCUUAAGGGUCAAGGUCAUUUUUUUUCUUCCAGCUUAGAAACAUUGCUGUUUUUAAAAUAUGUAUAUUAGGUCCCAACUCUUUUCCAGAUUUUGAAGCCCUUAUCCUAAAUAUAUCUUCCUUUUAUUCUCUAGUAAAGCUUUAAGAUUGUCACCAUGCUUUGAUUAAAGGAAAUUUUGCUGACACAGGGUUAGACAAAACAUUGUUUCCUCAGUAGUUUGGGGUAGAUGAGGAGAAAGAGAAAAAUGGAAAAAUAGAAAGGAACCUUGAAUAGUGGGGACAUUUCUUCAGUGUCCCUUCUGAAAACUUGCUCUCAGGCUAAUGUGUAAUCAAUGUUUUGUUUGUAAAACUUUUUGAGGGCAGGAACUGUAAAUAGCAUGUAUAUGUAUCUCUAGCACUUAGCUCAAAAUAUGCUCUAUCCACGUACCUAUUGAUCUUUGUCUGCAACUCUUUCUCCCUUUUCAUUUCCCCUCUCCUCCUCUCUUCCAUAUCCUAACUUUAGUCCAAAUUUGAUCUCUGAUUUGUGACUUAAUGCCUAUCCUAAUCCAAACUGCCGCCCUCUUUCUCUGCUUGUCUUCUCAUCGGACACCCUAAUUCUUCUAACAUGCACUCCAUUUUCUGAAUAUCUGAACCACCCCUUAAACAUAUCCUAACCCAGGAGCAGCUAAGUGGUACAGUGAAUAGAGCACCAGCCCUGAAGUCAGGAGACCUGAGUUCAAAUCUGGUCUCAGACACUUAACAUUUCAUAACUGUGUGACCCUGGACAAGUCAGGAUGAUCCAAUUGCCUCAGCCAAAAAAACAAAAACCAAAACCAUAUAUAAUAAUAAUUAUUAUUAUUAUUAUAUCAUAACCCUCCUUUUAUUUUGGAUCUUAAUUUCAAACAUAACCAAAACUCAGCAUGCCUAAUUUGUCCCAUUUUUCAAGGGAGGCAGUGUUAUAUUUUGGAAAGAAUGUUGGAUAGAGAGUCAGAAGAUUUAAGUUUGAGUUCUGGCUCUUCUACCUAUUGUGAGACCUUGGACAAGUCAACUUAUUUCUCUGGGCCUCAGUUUCCUUCUUUGUAAAAUGAGGGAACUGGAAAAGAUCUUUUGAAUUCCCUUCUAGUUCUAAUCCUCCUGAUUUUAUUUCCCUAAAUAACAUACUCUGACUUCCUACCUUUCUCCCUUCCCUGGCUCUAUCAUGUUUAGCCUCAAGUCCAAUCUCAGUCAUACCACUGCCUAAUAGUCACUCAUUUUUUCUCAUCUCCUGCUCUUCCUCUUUUCUUUCUCCCAAACCUGCUUCUCUUCUUUUCCCUUGCUUACUGCCAACAUAGUGCUAACCCUCACUCAUCCUUUAAUCCCAGGUCUAAUCCAUACUCAAUUCUAACUAAGCUUCAAUGCUUCAGGGAAAGACAAUUUAACUCCCUCUACUGGUAUAUACCUUAGUCACAUGAAUUUCUGUGGUUAAAGUUGUUAUUGCUGCCAGAGAGACCGACCUUGUAGUGAUGUUCCUUUUCAAAUUUAGCUAAUCUGGUCUUCAGAUAAGUCAUAAUGAUCACUGAGUCUGUAUUUGAAGCCUUUUCAAUUUGAAUAAGACUUUUCAGAGCUUGAAAAACUGGCAUAAUGCUGAAGAAUUUGAGUCUUCUUCAUACCAUAAUGUAGCCUCUAGUGCCCUAAUUUUCAUUAUAAUCUUUAUAUACGAAUAUUCAGUUAACUCUGAAUCAUAUCCAAUUCUUGUCCUAAUUUAUUCCUGACCAUAGGUUAUCCCCAGAACAAGCUUGUAUCAGAUUUGUGAAAUAGUUAAAACAAAUUUUAUUGUUCUAAGCCUUCUCUUCUUGAUCCCACAUACAUUUAACCAGAGCUCAGUGUUCUAAUUCAUUUCAUAAUGAGGUGUUAGUUUUAUACCUUCAGAAUCAUGGAAUUUCAUAGUUGAGACCUCAGAGAUCAAAUUUUCAACUUAUACUUGAGUAAGAAUUUUUAGUCCUAGUUAGUUUAAGCUGUUUGCUUUUGUUUAUUCAUCUUCCCUUUAAUCCCUAUAAUCCCUCACCACAUUUUUUGUCUUCAUUAUGAUCUCCAUUUCUUUAGCCCAUUAGUGCUUUCCCCAGAACAUUCUUUUGCCAAUCAUGCCUUGCCAAAUCUCAACUCUAGAUUACUGCCAAUAUCAUCUUCCUUUGCUCUUAUGCAUCUGCUGAAAGGAGCUGUAGGAAAUGAAGCCGUGUUGAUGGAGUCUGCUACAAAUGUCUCAUCUGAUCUCAACUGGGCUCUCAUUGCAGAAUGGAAAAUAUUUUAUUUCCUUCUCAUUCACUAUCCCAAUCUACAGCAACUACUUCAAAUAUUUUAGUUUCUCCUUAAUCUUCCCAUGAGCUUCCCUCCCUUGACCUUUAGCUGAGGACUUUAUCUUAUCUCAUAUCUGAAUGAAAGAUUGAACUCAUUUGCUGAAAGUUCCUCCUCUUCUCUUCCUCAUCACAUAUUAUUUAGACAUCUUCUCUAUCUCUUCCUUUAUUCUAGUCUCAUAAAAAGAGGUAUUAUUUCCCUGUGCCAAGGCCAACUCUUCUUCCUUGAUCUCACUCCCUCCGAACUUCUCCAGAAAAUUUCUCCUAUCAUCCCCACUCUCUUAAUUCUGAAUAUCUUCCUAUUUAACUGAGCUUUUACCUUGAUAUCUACCAAACAACUCAAGUAUCCAUUAUCCUUAAAAAACAACAACAACAAAAAAAAACCCUACCACUCACUAACCUUGAGUCAUUCCCCAAUGGUUCUGUCCUGGACCAUCUUUUCUUUUUGUUUAUACCAAGAGUUCUUAACUUAGGCUCCAUAAAAGUGUAACUAUAUUUCAAUAUAACUAUUUCCUUUGUAAUUUUAUGUAUUCAAUUUAUGCAAUUAAACAUAUUGUUCUGAGAUGGUGUCUAUAGGUUUCAUUGGACUGCCAAACCAGUUCAUGGCACAAAAAGUGAAGACCUUUUUCAUACUCUUGUUUAUAUGCUUGGCUCACAUGGGUCAAUGACCAUAUCUAUGCAGAUGAUUCCCAGAUCUAUAUAUCUAUCCUUAUUGUUUCUUCUUAACUACAUAUAAUCAACUAUAUAUAAUCACCCAUCAUCAACUGCUUCUUGGGUGUUUCAAAAUGGACGUCCCAGAGACAUCUGAGAUUGAAAAUGAUCAGGUAGCUAGGCAGUACAGUGAAUGAUAAUGUAUGACACUUAGAGCCUGAAUUUGAAUCCUGCCUUAGACAGCUGGGAUUUAAUCUCCUGCAGGUACAAUAAAUAAUAAUGCUUAUGUCACAGGUUUGUUAAGAUCAAAUGAGAUAACUUAUGUAAAGUGCUUUGAAAACCUUAGCUAUAUACUAUGUAAUAUUUCUAAAACAGAACUCAUCUUUCCCCCAAAAAACUCUCCCCUCUAUCAUCUUUUUAGUCACCUACUAUGCUUACAACCUUGGUAUUAUACUCAAUUCUACUCUCACACCUCCCCUACAUAUUCAAUCCAUUGCCAGACAUUGUCAUUUGUAUCUUUGCAACAGUCUUUUUGUAGGCACUCCCUUCUCUCCAUUCACAUAACCAUUCCCCUAGUUCAAUAUCUUCUCAUUGGCUAUUCUCUCUCAUAUCUUCCUACCUCCAUUCAUAUAUAUAUAUAUAUAUAUAUAAUUUUUUUCCCCCUGAAUUGUAGGCCUGACCCAUGUCAUCUAGUAAACUCCUGAAUUCUGACUCUUGCUAUCUAAUGUGUAAGCUAUCUCUUAUGGGAUUAUUUAAUUACUAACAAAAAAGUUGGAUAGCACUGGGACCACUCUCCAAAAACUUUCCUGCAAAUUCUCAUCAGUCUUAUUAGACAAACUACUCUUGAGUUCAGAGUUUUGAAAUCACCUAUUUGUGUAGUUAUACCUAAUAUUGCUGAAUUUUGCUCAGAUAAUUGAAGUUUUUUUUUUUUUUUUCAAUUUAGAUAUAUGCUAUGCUUCCACAACAUUCCAGUAAUUCCAACAAAAAAGAGAAUCUGGCAUGACCUGCUCUGGAUGAAGCCCCACUGGCUACUUUUCUAAUGUUCACAAAACUAUUUCUUUAAUAAUAUGGUAUAAAUUUUUGCCAGAAGUCUACAUUUUCUUCUUACAAGAGCUUUAAAAUAUUUUUGAAGUUCUCAAUGUUUGUUAGUCUCAUGAAGCUCAUUCUAGGGCUUAGUGCUCCUGAUAUUAUUCUAUACUCAUCCAUUAGUUAUUCACUCUUGUUUCAUCUUCUGUACUUGUUAAGAUCAGAAUUUGUUAGUGGAGCUCCUAUGCCUCCUAUGUCUAGACAGUAUCCCUUCUUUCUCUUUAUUGGAAUAACUUGUGCAUUAAAAAUAUCCCUUGUAGAAUUUUAGGUCACUGAGGCCUAUUUAUCCUUUCUCUGAUUUUUAAAUCUUCUCUUCUCAAUAUCUAAGGUACAUACCAGACUUUGCCCAAUUUUAUCAAAUAUCCUCCCAAAGGAUAUGUAUGCCCUUUAAAGGAAUUAAUGGUAGACUCUGAAGCACUUUGUUACUAUAUCUUUUAUAUCACAACAUGGAGAGGCACAUUUAAUCACUAGGAAAUAAGGAUGACUCUCCUUCUGUAUCAAAGUGAGUAUAACCUAUGUCUAAACUGUUUAUUCUAUUAUUUAUCUCAGGGUUCAGGAUGAUAAUUUGGUGACAGAGAGAGCACUCAAUCAUCUGCCUUCUCUUGUUUCUAAUACUACCUGCAUGACCAUGGAUAAGAUAUUUAACUUUAUAAAAUGGGUGGAAAGGUAUGUGACUCUAUGACUUAUAGAAUGUUAUGGUUAAUCGUCAUAUCCCAAAACUUAGAGGGAAGGUAAUAUAUUUGAACUCACAGGGAGGAUGGUACUGCUUCAGAAAGGAGGUGUCCUAGAACAGGAAGAAACGUUUAGGGGAGAAAUAAGAUUUGACACUAGUUCCAAAAGAGGAUUUUCCUUUGUGUUUGGAAAAAAAUCUUCCUACCACACAAAACCAGGGAGCAGAGAACAUUUGGACUGAAGCACUUGGCACACCACUAUUUAGGCAAGAGCAGUAGAUUUUUUGCUGUUGGAUUCUGGGUUAGAAUGGAAAUUACAGGGCUGGUCCUGAUGGUCAGGAGGAGCUGACCACAUAGGAUAACUCAUAGGUUAACUCACUUCACAGAUCCACCAUGCCUUGAGAGUCUGAAUGCUGAAGUCAAGGUAGAUUCAGAGUGUUAGGGAGUGAAAAAUCUCAAUGGCAGGAGAGAUAGAGGGGAAGACUCAGCAAUGACCUUAGAAGGCCAUUGAAUUCAACUACUUUUGUCUUAUAAAGGUAUAGAUCAAGGCUAUUUUUUUUACAUGAUCCUGGUAUAUAGGUAUACAAACCAAAAAUUUCCUGAUAAUUUUGAGACUCCCACAUUGUUAGAGCCCUCAUAUAGGGUCUUGCUUGCUGAAGAUUGCACAAAAGAUAUUUUACAGAGAUAGGGAUCCGAACCUAACUCCAGAUGUCCAGUGUACUUUCCAUUAAUCUUGGGGUCACAGACACAUAUAGCCCUUCUUUAAGACUUCUCCCAAUAUACAGUGCAGGUUGAAGCUAACGUGGUCACGUGGGAGGACAUAACAUUUCUAAUUGCAUUUUCCCCUGAGCCAGUAGGCUUCACUAUGUUGCCUGUGGUAUGCUGAUGGCCAAUGAAUGUCCUUGUGAAUGCUAUUUGACAUUCUGAAAGGUCAAGUGUAGGGUGGGGACCAAACUAGAGAUUUCCUGUUUCAUUAAUUUUGAGAAAUAGCUCAUUUAAUCCCCUAGACCAAUACUGAGCCAGGGCCAGUUUGUGCUUGCCUCCACUUUCUAUCAUAUGGCUUGGUAGCAUGAGAGGCAGCUAUUUGGUAACCCAGUUCUUGUGUGUCUGCGAGUUUAGGGAAAUCCUCAGAUUUCCAGGUGUCAGUCAUAUUGGAGCCUUCUCCAAAUAGAAAGAACUUGCAGCUGUCACAAAUGAUUUCUCUACUCAGUUCAUUUAGUCCAACCCAUACCCACAAAGAAAGGAGUCUGUGGUAUGUUCUACCCAGCCUGUUUGGAGACCUUCACUUUGAAGGAACUCAUUUCCCAAAGCAGCCCAUUUUUUUCUAAGUUCUCCCUGACAUUAAACAGCCAAAAUUGUGCUUCUGAAACUUGCAACCUUGUUCCUGAUUCUACAGAAGCCCUUCAAAUACUUGAAGAACCCAGACACAGUUCUCUUGUUCCCCAUGAGUUUUCAAGACCCUUUACCAUUCUGGUGAAGCUGCUCCUCAGCUUCUCAAUGGUCUUUUAAAGUGUGGCUUUCGGAACUAACUGAACUUAAUAUUUCACAUAGGGUGUGACUCAAGGCAAAUCCUCAUUGUACAGUCAUGAACUCUUCUUUCUCUCAGAAUCCAAAAAGCUUCCUUACAUCCUCUCAAGACCUCUUCACAUUUCAUUUUUCAGUUUUAUCUGACUUGACUUUUCAUGAUCCCCUUUUCUUGCAAAGAUACUAGACUGGGUGACCAUUUCCUUUUAUGGAUCAUUUUACUGUUGAGGAACUGGGACAAAGAGGGCUUUGUCAUAAAGUGACUUGUGCAGGGACACACAGUGUCUGAGGCUGAAUGGUGGGAACUCAGGAAGUUGAGUCUCCCUGACACUAGCUGGAUGAUCUGCUUUAUUCAUUUUGCCACCUGACUGCCCUACCUUAAUCCUUACUCAGUGCUUACUCCUAUUGCACUAUAUACCAUUGGUUUUUGGCAUUUAGUGCCAAUAUAAAGUUGCACAAAUGUUUUAUGAGCUCAUACUUUGUCUCCAGAGGGUAAAUUCUUUAUCUCUACAAAGUGUCAUAAUUGGUGAUAAAUCACCCUCUAAUCUCUAUGCAUAGUUCAACAAAUCACAAAAAGUAGUCAUUCAACCCUUCGCAGCUUCAUCUUCCUGUCUUUUUCUACCUUUUCUUCUUUUGCCUCUCAAAUAGCAGUAUUCUUCCACACUGAAUCAGAGCCUAAGGCCUCUCUAAAGACACAAACUAUGUAUCUGGUCCAGCUUAAGGGCUCCUAUCCACUCUCCUUGUAAAAGGUAUUCUCCAACUCAGUUGUAUCAUUUGUGAGUAAACGAAGGUUUUCUCUCAGCAAGGGAUAACACUCAUCCCCAUAGCCUCAAAUGAGACGCUGUCUGCGUCAGGGUUUGACCGACCCUGGGCUGUGUGGGGCAGACGUGCUGCUUCACUGGGGUCUGUUGUCUCCGAUUCCCCAGCAACCUGUCUCUCAUCUUAAGUCCGGCCCCUUGCUCCACCCACUCCUCCUGGCCCUGCCUUGCAGCCCUGGACACCCCACACUCACACAGAGGCCAGAGCCUGACUGGGAAGGCUCUUUUCUGGUCCAGGGCCAUGGCCAGCUCUGCCUUCCCCCCAGGGCUACCACCCCAGGUUCCUUAUUACAUCCCAGGGUAUACUGGACACUGCCCACAGCUUGGGUUCAGCCUGGGGAAGACCUACGGACAACUGACCGCACAGCUGCUGCUGUCUGGCCCCUCUGACCUAGCCUGGCCCCCUGCCCAUCGCAUGCUUCUGCCCCCAAUUAAGCAUUCUUGCCAUGGAUAUGAGAGGAUCAAGUCCAAUAUGAUCCCAGGGUACACAGGCUUUGUGCCCCGGUCUCAGCACAUCUUUGCUAAGAGAUGCACCCAGGUCUGGGCUGAAGCUUUGAGGGACUUUACUAGCCAUCUAGGUACAGGGUAUAAAGAACUGCUGGAGGCUGAGAAGAAAGAACUGGAGCCUAAGGCAGAGGAUGAGAAGGAAUCAGAGAAGCAUCUGAAGCUAGAACUGCAGUCAGAGCAAAAACCAAAGGCCUCUCCCUAUUCCAUGGAUGACAGAGAUCCUGAGAAGUUCUUCAUCUCAGGGUUUACUGGAUUUGUGCCCCGAGCCCGUUUUCAUUUUGGCUCUAGUUUUCCUGUCCUCACCAAUCAGGCUCUGCAGGAAUUUGGGCAGAUGUGCCCAGGGGCCCGGGGCCAGAGGGACCAAAAGCAUAUUCCCAGUCUUUCCAGGACCUACUUAAAGAAUUUAGGCAUGGUGCCCUGUUAUAGGGAUUAUGGAUCAGGUGAGACCUGGAAUGGAAAUCUGAAUCAGACUGGGGAGAAAGGGGAAUACUUUGGGGAGCCAGAGGGACAGGAUGACAAAGGUCCUAAAAGCAAGUUGGAGCUGCUCUAAAAUACCAGAUGAGGUGGAUGGCCUAUCAGCUCCACAAGGAGUUAAAAACCAUCUGAUCUUGAAAAUCUAGUCCAAUCUGAGACACCAAAAGAUUUUACUGAAGAUCCAAUGACUGAUCUGAGAUAGGUUCUUCAAGAUUUAAAGUCCUAGGCAGAGCCUUAUUGAGAAACACGUCCAACACGUGUCCAAAAUCUCUCCAUUUUGUGUGUCUGCUCUGUAUGACAGCUUUCCUUGGCUAAGUUUCAGUGUGCUCACACUUAUGGGACUCCCAUGAGGUUCUGGGCCUCAAACUUUUAGAAGCAGUUCUAAAAUUCCUCUUUCCCUACAUUCUGAUUGGGGAGAGAUGGGGGAGGAGCAGGGACAGAGGCUGAGCACCUUUUUUAUUAAUAUGCAUAAUAAAUAAAUAAUAAAUAAACAUUGGCCCAGGCCCUCCCCCCAUA